AUGACCCAAGUCGUAGAAAACGAGGAUUUGUUUACCGACAUUUAUUCAGAUAACUCGACCUGCGCUUCGUCAUAUUCUACUUUGAAGAACAGCAAAGAUGGAUGGCGAAUUAUAGAUUGGAACAAGGAAGCCGUGGGCGUACUUUCUGAUGAAAGCAAGUGGACUCAACCAUCAUCUGUCGAUGUUACGGUGAUCCAAGACAGGCUUGUUUACGUGAAAAGAGACGACCACCUUCGCCUUCAAGGUUCCCAGAUUGCCGGCAACAAAGCACGUAAGAUGCUCGCUUUGAACAAUCUGAAGGAUUUUCCGUUGUGCGUAGUAAGCUAUGGUGGACCACAGAGUAAUGCAAUGGUUGCCUUGGCUGCGGUUGUCAAUUUCCAGAAUAUAAAGCAGGGUAUAGACGAUCACCACGAUCCGCAUCGGUGUCGGUUCAUAUAUUACACAAAGAAACUACCCAAGUUUCUCCGAAACCAGCCAACCGGAAAUCUUUUCAGGGCAAAGAUGUUGGGAAUUGAGAUGAUAGAGCUACCGCCUGAAGAGUACAGAACUUUAUUUGGUGGCAAGUGGGGCGCGAAUACGCACGCUCCGCAGGGUUUAACUCCUCCUGUCCCUGGUGACUCACUUUGGAUCCCACAAGGGGGAUCUUCUGGAAUGGCUCAUGCCGGCACAAGGUUGCUGGCUCAAGAAAUAUGUGAAUUUUGGUCUCUGAAGGGAAAUGGGCGUCCACUUUCUGUUGCUAUUCCCGGGGGAACAUGUUCAACCGCUGUUUUGGUUCACACCGCAAUUGAGAGCUUACAGUCCAAGCUUUCAAAUGACAAACAAAUGGACAUUAAAGUUGUUGUAAUCCCAUGUAUUGGUGAUGACACCUAUGCUAGAAGGCAAAUGAUGGCACUGAAUACACAGCUAGGCAAUGCCUCCAAUGAUCUUCCCACAAUAUUGAAGCCCUCGCCUUUUGACUUGGCCACCCAACAUAAUCACAAACAUUCUGACAAAUAUUUCACAUUUGGUGAACCAGAAAAGGAUAUUCUUGAAACAUUUGUCUAUAUAAAGGAGAAGUGUGAUAUAACUUUGGACUUGCUGUAUGGAGCGCCGGCAUGGGCGGUCUUGCUCAGGCACUGGAAAGGAAAACAGACUUCCCCAUCAGUGUUUGACGCAAAUGCGCCAUUUGCAGAUCGCUCAGUCAUGUAUGUGCAUAGUGGUGGCAUUGAAGGCGUUAACACUCAACUAUUACGCUACCGGUACAAAGGCCUGCUGAAAACCAAAGAUGUUCAACUUCCAAACCACUGA